GCUCUUCCGCCACGAUUUCUGAGCUUCCUGUUUCCGGCUCGCACUCGUUUCGAAACGUUAGCACAGCUGUUUUUUACACUUUAUUCUAAUAACACCGAGGUAAUACCAAAGCAUGGAUGAUGAGGCAGAAACUUACAAGCUGUGGAGGAUUCGAAAGACGAUUAUGCAGCUCUGUCACGACAGAGGCUACCUAGUAACGCAGGACGAGUUGGAUCAGACAUUGGACCAGUUUAAGCAGCAGUUCGGUGAUAAGCCAAGUGAAAGGCGACCGGCAAGGAGCGAUCUAAUCGUGCUUGUAGCACACAACGAUGACCCAACAGAUCAGAUGUUUGUGUUCUUUCCCGACGAACCAAAAAUUGGCAUUAAAACCAUUAAAACGUACUGCCAACGUAUGCAAGAAGAAAAUAUUACACGUGCUAUCAUAGUGGUGCAACAGGGGAUGACGCCGUCCGCAAAGCAGGCACUUACAGAUAUGGCACCUAAGUACAUUCUGGAGUACUUUUUGGAAUCAGAGCUUCUUAUCAAUAUUACAGAACACGAGCUUGUACCGGAACAUGUGGUCCUCACACCAGAAGAAAAAGCAGAACUGCUUGCACGAUAUAAGCUGAAGGAAAAUCACUUGAUGAGGAUCCAGGCUGGUGACCCUGUGGCCCGGUAUUUUGGACUCAAAAGAGGACAGGUUGUAAAGAUCAUCAGACCUAGUGAGACUGCUGGGCGCUACAUUUCUUAUCGUCUCGUGGUGUAGCUGAUGGCUUCUUGUUAUAUCGCUUAUAUUGUCUCAUCAUGCAAAUACAUACAUUCAUCUACA